CCUGCAUUCAACCAUUACAUUAACUCCUUUACUCAUACCACUCACCCUCGCUUUUUGAUCUUUCAAUUGUGUAAAUAUAUUCCUUAAAAACACUUUCACCAUGAACCCUGAGACAAAGGAAAUCAUCCUCAAGGCCACUGAUGUCGUCAAGACCGUUGUCCACUUUGGUUUUAUUCCAUUCGUGAUCUACCUCGGAUUCACACGAAGCGACCCAAAGCCUUCUUUGAUCCGUCUUAUCCUUCCUUUGGCCUAAAAAAAAAUACAAUAUCAUUCGACAAGGGAAAAAAAAAGGAUGUGAAGGAUAGGAUCGAAGUUGUGGUGAAAAAACCAGGAAGGGGCCAUAAUCAGCAGCAUUAUUUUUAUAGUCAGUAAGCUGGAAGCAGUUGAAGGCUUAUUUUUUUUUACGUUAUUAUGCACCGAUGACGCAGUUCAACUUUUUAGUUUGUCUGGUAUCGAAAACCUAUUCUUCCUCUGUCAGAUCUACAGGAAGCACUUGUAACUGUUAAUAAUAG